UGUAGGCCCGGGCAGGCUGGUGAAAAGUAAACACGCCCAUAAAACAUUAAUUUUUUAUGAACCACCAUUCUCCCCCCUCCGGGCGUUGAUGGGAGUGUUGGUGGGUCUGUGGUGCCAUCCGCGUGCCCCUGUACGGUCGUCCCCCUGAGCAACAGCUCCGCCGUGCGGCGUACGGGUGCAUUUACGGGGUGUUUGAGACGCUCGGGCCCGACCAGCGUUCCGAACGGCGCAACGGGGAGCAACGAGCCCGGUCGGCACGUGGCAGACGAGUCAAUAUGGUGGCCAUAUUAAAACAUAUCAGCGGCACAAGCAGCAGCAGCAGCAGGAGCAACAGCAGCAGCAGCAGCAGCACCUUGGCGCAGGUAGUCGCAUCCAUCACCGCGCUGCUGCUGGUAAUGGUCGUGGUGGUUCCGCUUCCGACGGCGCACGGUAUCGAUUGCUUUAAGUGCGUUUCAAUGAACGGUGCCAAUAAGGCGUGCGAUGAUCCGUUCCACAACAACUACUCGGCGGCGAUCCUGGAGUCACCGUGCAUGGGCGGCCGCAAGGGCCGGGAUGGGCUGUUUCCGGCCACGUCCUGCAUCAAAAUUGCCGGCUAUUAUGAUGACACCGGUGAAACGAUCACCGUUCGUGGAUGCGCCCUGGACAGUGGCACCCUGACGACGGAUACCGAAAUAAUUCGCAUGUCACACUGCGGACGGUUCUACUACGACGAUAGAUACGUGCACGGAUGCCUGCAGAGCUGCAACGAUGCGGACGCCUGUAAUGCUGCCCAGCCAUCGGCAAGGUCCUGGUGCUCGCCCACCCUGCCACUGGUCGUGGUGAUCGUUGCCCUCGGUACGGCACUGUUCGGGUCAGUGACCAUUCCACCCCAACCGUCCGGAUGGCUUCGUACCGUCAACGGAAGCUAACAAAGUGAUCGGAAAACAAAGUACAGCUGGGUGAGGGGUCCGCCCUCGUACGAUGUCUUAUGAAGGCACACAGAUUCAGCGUAGUCCUUCAGGUGGUGGGGAUAGGGGGGUGGGGAGUUAGAGGGGAAACUAUGACCAAUAUAUAAUACAAAACUACAACAAAACCAAUCAAAAACACAGACAAAAAAUCGCUUUAACGCUCGUUUCGCAGGAUCCGCAGGGGAUCCACCCUUGGGGGAAUGGUUUGAUACAGUGUAUUUUUGUGUAUGAGUUUAGAAAUAAUUUUUCUUACCAUUAGCAAGGCAAUGUGCGGGGAUACAGAGCUGCACAUAAAGGCACACAAAAGAAUUGCAAAGAAAAAGAAAACCAUACACAAAUCGCAUAGGUAAAUGUUUUCUUUAACUGCAUGAAAUUGAUACAAACGUACCAGACAUUUAUAUGGAAAAGGAGAUACUAUAUCAAUAAUUAUCGAAAGCUUGAAAAUAGGAAGCAUACACAAUGGAAUAAAUAUAGAGCGCUAUUGAUAGGAAGGAAGAAAUGGUGAAAAAGAGCAAAUCAAAAGCAACUCACAAGAUAAAUACAUAACGCAACAGCAUACAGCAAAACCCAAUUACUAGACAGUUAAGGAACAUAUUGUCUACACGGUUCUAGCAUCAGUUGUAAAUUGUAAUGCCAUAAAACAAGCAGUGACCAUAAACACACGCACACACAGGUGAUUGUAAUUGUAAAACGGACACGUUUUGUUAAUGUCGCCACUCACAUUUCGCGUGUGGCCCCCAAUGUGCAAUGCAGAUCGAAUUGAAAAGAGGCAGAGCGUAUGCGCGUGUUGUAGAGUUCACGCGUACCAUACAGAGCAUAUAUGUUGUUAAAUCUCGCACAUACACACACACACACACACACACACACACACACACACACACACAAGAUCCGUCUCGUUAGCAAAAACAAAGAAAAAGAAUUGUUAGUGUAAGAGAGGGAGCGAGUAGAGGGAAUCGCAGCAAAGCAGUUCCAUUUCCGUUCUAUUAUGCUAGACCAAUGCUAGGAAAAAAGGGGUGCAAAUAAAUCCGAACAAUGUAGCUUUCUUCCCUGAUGGUGGUGUGAUAGUGGUGAAAGUGGACUUUCAGUUUCUCGGCCACCCCCAAUCCCAACGGGCAGGCACACACACACACACACGCACACACGGCAUGCCCAAAACAUUAUACGUACAAAUCCAACUUUAUGAUGCUGCUUGUAUUUCAAGAUCAAAUCUUAUUUGUGUGUGUUACUGUGUGGGGAAGAUCGCUGUGAAAAGAAGAAAAAGCAGUGACAAUGACAACAUAUUGUACCAGUCCCAGCAGCCCCCUCAAUAUAGCAGCAAAACAGGCAGAAGGAAGCAUGCAUGCUUACGACACUACACUAUUUUGAGCAUUUUUCUAACCACCAUCACUUGCGUUUUUGCCUUCAACGGCUGUCCAUCAUCCAGCGCUGCAUGGUGCUGCUGGAGAGAGAGAAAAAACGGGACAUUUUCACCCUGCCAAAACAGAGGGCAUCAUUUGUUUCCUUGUUGUAGGGUGCAGCAGCAGCAGCAGCAGCCGCAAGCCAGCUUGUGUUUUUUGGGGAUUUUGUCCACUCAUCAGUAAAUGUUCUUAUUUAUUGGAGCGCUGUUUCCUGUGCAGGAGCAAAAGAAGCAAGUUAGGGAAGUAAAUUACACCACAACAACAAAAAAACACUCAUAAUGGUAGACGAAAAGCUGCUUUAUGGGCCGUAUCCUAUCAUAUUCUUUCUGGAGAAGCGGGGACGACAAAACACACCACCACCACCCAACAAAUGAUGUAGUACAUAUUAUUGCACCAGAUUGGUAUUGAAAUUUGCAAACACUCAAACGAAAACAAAAAAAAAAGGGGAACCACCAACAAAACAACCCGAUAAGGAUAAGGGUAGGAUUGUAAAAAUUGUACGCACUACGCAUUAGCCUCAUCCCCCUGCUGGACGGGUUUUCAUGGCUAGGCGAAAAGCGAAUGCACCACACCAGUAGCGAUGGUUUCAAGCGGCAAUGCCCUGACCUUCCCGAUGUAGAGAGAUUAAUAAAGAGAGAGAGAGAGAGAGAGAGAGUGUCAGGGUGAAAGGGGCCGCGCCACACUAAGCCUUCGUGGCAUCAGGAAUGGAUUAAGCGACGGUCAUCCCGACCCACCCGGCGCAGAAGGGUGGAGGAGAUUAGUUUGUAUGUAGCUUUUUUUUUACUUUCAGCCCCCAUUAGUACACAAUCCCCGCGUGUACGAGUUCGAAUCGACCAACACACAACACAAUUUUGCUAGCGAGUAAGGUAAAUACCAGGUAUGGGUAACGUGGAGAGAAAUGGUAGAGGAACAGGAUGAAACUAUUUAAAAAAAAGAUAGGCCGCAAAUAAUUGUAUAAGUGCCUAAAAACGUAAAAUUAAACCUAAAACACACACACACACAUACAAAUACCUAGUCACAAAGCAUACAACAUGAGAUGUACAAAAUCAGGAAAAAGCUUCACAACACAGUGCUGCACAAAAUCUGACAACACGCGUUCAAGGAUCGCUUGCCCGUGAUGCGUGUCCAAUACACAUGACCACGUGGUGCUCACCGUUAAAACCGUACUAUUUACUUUACUCAUCAAACACGCAACAACAAGGCCCCUCUUUUUGAAAUUCCAGGUUUCUUAACCCAAUGCAACCAUGCAUGUUUAGUAAAGGCAGGCGGGAAUUAAUAAUAGUAAUAAUUACUCAAACAAAAAAAAAACCAACUGAUCAACUGUACAUAAACUGGUCAGCAAAGCAUACAAAUAUACUUAAAUGUGAUAUCAAAACGAUGGAGCCAGCCGCAGCAGCAGCAGCAGCGACAUUCAGCUAAUGCAAUGCAUCUCAAAUGGCACGGUUGCAAAGCUACCAAAACAAAAUGCUUCAGGGAUGCUGUGAAAUAAAGAGAGAGAGAGCGAAUAACAAACGCACAAACCAACCCAAAAUGCAACUCAAAACAAAAGCGCGAAAAAAUCUAAUUCGGAUUCGCUUUUUCAUUCCUGCGCCUCACCCGAGCACUAGGCUUGUGUGAAGGUGGCAGGGUGAAAGCCAUUACGUCGUAUAUGUGUGUAAAGUGGAAUUAGAUAAAACUAUGCAAACAACCGUUAAACCAAAAGGCACCUAACUCAAUUGCACCACAGCUAACUGCUGCAUGAUAAUUUCAAUGGUUUGAGAAGGGAGUAGCGAACGUAAUCGGAUCCAUACGGCAACAUUCUGGUGGCGGUAAAGAUUCAUUAGAAGAGUCUUUGGAGAAAAAAAAAACAAAGAUGUAGUAGAAGUUAAGCUUCGCUUUAGUGGUUAAGAAGCGACGAGCGCAACGGAAGUUAUGUUGAGCCAUAAUUAUUAAACUAUUAGCAUCAUGAGCAUUACUAUCGCAAGCAAGCAAACACACGCAUUCAUUAGAUUAAGUAACAAACAGACAAACACUAUAAAGCACAAAAAAGAAAAACGGUGUUAGGGGCUAGGGGAUGGAUGUUCUGUGGUGUACUUGACACUGGGCCAUGCAUGCGAAACUUCAAAAAAAUGACCAAAAUCGGAAGCGUCCUCGGAGAUGUGUGUAUCCGUGUAUGUGGUAGGAAGACUAGUAGAAGCAUGUUUCACCAUUAAACUGUAGCUCUUUAAUGUCAUGCGGCGGAUCUACCUAACUUUAACACACUCAGACAGUGCUCUCGAUCGAUUCGGCCGACGAAGCCUCAGUUCAUACAGCGGUGGGAAGGUGGGAAGAGAAACAAUUUGCAAAGAAAUAAAUUAAAACCACAAAUGUUUCCUAACAAACUCUC